GAUGCAAAUUAUUAACUUUCUAAAGUGCGUUAUCACAACACUUCUAUUUUAAAGCGCGCUAGCCCGAGGCAAGCUGGACACGUGCACGCUGCCAAUGUCGAAACGGAGUGUUCAAGAAGGAAUGAGUGGGCAACCGCCAACUAAAGUAUCUCGCACUUUAUUAACGCCAAGAUUUGGUCCUGUCUCUUCCCAGGAAGAGCUAGAUGUUCGUACGUUACAGCUGCAGAAUAAGAUGCUCGCUGCCAAGAUAAAGGAGAGAAUAUUUCGGGAAGAGGAGUUGCACAAACAGAUUGCUGAGAGUAAUAGCAGCCGCUCUCGUCUCGAGUCAACACUCAGUCUAGUGAACAGACAUUGGGAUCAACUGGAUGGCGAUGUGAGAUUUAUGUUGCAGAGGAUGGAGGGAGAUGCCGAGGGUGCACAGCCAGUGGAAGAUACAGCGGCGCACGUUUCUAUGUUCUUGCAGAAACUGUUGAAGUCACAUUAUCAGGAGGAUAUCGAGGCUGCAACAGCUAAACGAUAUCAAGUUUCAAAGACUGUGGUUGCUGAGUUGGUCCAGGCUAUUGAAGCGAUCAGGAGAGAGAGGGAACAACUGGUGGAGAGAAUGAAGUCUGAUGAUUUUGAUGCGAAUGAGGAGCUUGUGAAACGAAUCGAAGAAUUGGUGAAUGAAAAUGGCAGGCUCAGUGAACAAGUGUCACGUUCACAUGCAGAGCAGCAUGAACACCAAAAAGAGUUUGAACUUCUUCGUGAUAAGUUCACCAUAGCAGAAGAACGAGUGGAAAAACUGACAACUUCUCUUGAUGACAAUCAGUUUGAUUUACAGAAGGCAUCUCAACGAAUAGAAAAAUUAGAAAUGCAGCUUUCUGAGGCUCUACAGGCAGCUCAAGCUCAAGGUACAGAUUCUAAGGAAUCCGAAGGUCAAGCACUUAUGGCUGUGGCUGUGGCUGCCAAUGUUGAGAAUGUGAAGGAGGAAGUGUCUGUUGAGUUGGCUGAAAUGCAGGAAAUUGUAGCCACUCGGGAAAAAGAACUAACAGAGCAACAGCAAAAAUAUGAAAAAGUCUGUCAGGAGGUAGAACGACUGAAGUUGGAAGUCAAUCAAGUAUCUGAUACAGCUGUGCUGGCCAGUGUACCAUACAAGAUAUUACAGACUCAGUUCUCUGUUUUGUACUCAGACUAUAUGCAGCUAAGGGUACAGUUGGAAGAAACACGAAGAUUACUUACAACCAAUAAAGGACAGUACAUGCAGCAGCUAGAUGAAAUAGAAGCUGAGGAACAAAAGUUUCAUCACAAAACAAAGGAAGAGGUUUCGAAACUGAAUAAUACAUUGUCCAAGUUGAAGAGAGAUUAUCACACUGUUCGUAUGGAGUAUGAACAACAUGUAGCUGCAACAGAACAAGCUGGUCCAAUAAACAAAGAAAUGAGACACUUGAUAGGAAGCCUGCAGAAUAGCAACCAGCAGUUGAAGAAUGAGCUUGCUCGUUACAAGAGGAAGUUCAAUGACGCCCAUCAUCAAUUAGCUCAAUACCGGCUAGAAGGGAAAGCCAUUUCUGAACCAUGUGAACAUGAAGACAGCAGUUUACUUGCAGUAGAAGAGAAGGAAGGACAAGAGACAGGCCAGGGAGGAAGCGAAGAAGAGAAAGCUGAAUCCGAGUUGGUGAGAGAACUCAAAGCCAGCUUGAAGAAAGCUCAAGAAAGUCAGAAAGAGAUGAAACUGUUGCUCGAUGUUUACAAAGGCUUGGCAAAGGAGCAAAGAGAAAAAGUAGAGCUUUUAUCAGCAGAAAAACAAAUUAAAGGUGAACUUGAAGAGGCAAAGGCGAAACUAGUAGAAAUGGAAGAGCAAUUGAAAAGGCUGCAAAGUAUGGCAAACUACGAGGCCGUUCAAAGACUAAGGGCUGCGGAAGAAACCAUCAAGCAGAUGCAAAAGGAUCUAACACAUGCAAAACAUGACGAGGAUGCCAUGCUAAGUGAGAUGGAGGUAACUGCUCAGGCAUUUGAAGACAUGCAGGAACAGAACGCUCGACUUCUACAACAGCUACACGAAAAAGAAGACGCUAAUUUGAAACUCAUGUCAGAGAGGAUUAAACUGACACAUUUGCAACAAUUGUUGACCGAGCAGCAAGAGGGACAGGUGAAACACAUUGCGAUGCUGGAAUCACAACAGCAGGCACAAAAUGAAGUGUGUCAAAGGGUGGAAGAAAGGGAAAAGAGUCUUCAAGCCAGCAUGACUGCGAUGGAGAAAGAGGUGACUCUUAGACAACAGGCCAUGGAUUCACACAGAAAGAGAGCAAUUGAAGCUGGUCAAGCAGUACAAGAAGCAAAGUUUCAGUUAGAGAAGCAGAUUGAACAUAUUCAGCAGUUGCAGGCAGCUUUAGACAGUAAAACUUCUGCCAUGGAGCAAGAGUCCUUCAGAUCCAGGAGGGCUGAGGAGGAAAACACUCGAUUGAAUCGUAAGUUAGAAAGACAGAAGAAAUUUGGAAUAGCAACAACUGCUGAUGAAAUCUUAAAAGAGGAAUUGAGAACAUACAAAUCAAAACUGGUGUGUCCUUGUUGCAAUACAAACAAGAAGGACUGUGUUCUUACCAAGUGUUUCCAUGUGUUCUGUACAGACUGCAUUAAAACUCGCUAUGAGACGAGACAGAGAAAGUGCCCCAAGUGUGCUGCUGCAUUUGGAGCCAAUGAUUUUCAUAAGAUUUACUUGUCUUAGCUAAAUUUUCACAGCCAGCCUUACACAUUCAUAGACACAGUUAAAUAUUAGAAGUUCUCUUUGCCUCUGG